CCUCGAUGCGCGGCCGUGGGGUCCGCACGGGAUUGUCUCGGCGCGCUGUGGGAACGGGAGCGGCGUCCUCAGCAUCCCCGUCACCUGCUGUGUUCGUGCGCCGGUGCUGAGGCGCGUGGGUUUAAACUGCUAACAGUUGUAUGGCUGCGAAGGAACACGAAAGCGAUGACGAUUCCUAUGAAGUGUUGGAUCUAACAGAAUAUGCAAGGCGUCACCAUUGGUGGAAUCGUUUGUUUGGCCGGAAUUCAGGACCAAUUGUAGAAAAAUACUCUGUAGCUACGCAGAUUGUGAUGGGUGGAGUGACUGGCUGGUGUGCGGGAUUUUUGUUCCAGAAAGUCGGAAAGCUUGCAGCAACUGCAGUAGGUGGUGGCUUUCUUCUGCUUCAAAUCGCUAGUCAUAGUGGAUAUGUACAAGUUGACUGGAAGAGAGUUGAGAAAGAUGUAAACAAGGCAAAAAAACAGUUAAAAAAGCGUGCAAAUAAGGCAGCACCUGAAAUCAAUACUCUAAUUGAAGAGUCAACAGAAUUUAUCAAACAGAACAUCGUGGUCUCCAGUGGAUUUGUUGGAGGCUUUUUGUUGGGCCUUGCAUCGUAAGGAUCUGAACCAUCUCUUCGUGAUGGCAUUCGCAUCUAAGAACAGUUGUGGUGACACACUGUCAGAAAGCAGUGUGGAUCACUGGGCCCUCCAGAGCAAGAUGAGAGGACUAGGUAGACAACUUGGAAGCUUUUACAUUUUAGGCUUCUGCCUCUUGAAGCUUGGCAAAACUAGGAUUUGCUGAAAAACUGCAGCGUGCUCAUUAAAAGCAUUUUGGGGCAAAACUGGUUCAUCGUCAUCAUGACUUUUUAUCUAUGACCUUUCAAGAUCUAGCAUUUUUAAAAUGUUAUUCUUGGAAUAUAGGUAUGUAACCAUAUUGUAAGAGAGAAAGCUCCAUUUCUAUGUUUGCAAGUAAAUACUGUUUAUUUUCAAAGUAUUUUUCUUCAUGCUGUAGUAGAUAGUAUCAAUGACUGCAUAAUGUAUAUGAUACUGUAGUUCCAGCCUGAUGGCUGGCUGUGUUCUUCAAAGUCACUGCAAUAAUCUUUAAAUCUGUAAUACUCUUUUUAUGGAGUAUUAAAUAACAAAGAAUCAUGAGCUCAUUAAAGGUGAAAAUUAACUUUGACUCUGGCCGUUGUAUGCAUAGAGAAUGUCUCAUUUCAUAGCCUGUGGGCAUCUGGUACGAAUAUUUGCAAGUUACCUGCGAUUCCUGUUCUAAGUGCAUGUCUACGUUGUUUUUCCCAGAUGUGCAGACAUGGAUAAACUCACCGAUAAAAUUGUGGUGCAAAUUGUUGCAAAUGCAGACUCCGCAAUGAUCUGAUGCUUAAUUGUUUCACACUCAGUAAACUGUGGAGGUCAUUUCAGACAUGAGUAGAUGGUGAAACGAAGUGCCGAAGCUUCUGGUAUGAGCACUUUGCAGGGUUAGUACUUCGCAGGGCUUGGUAUCACGUCAUCAUGAUGUACCUUGAAUGAACCCAAGGCUUCUCCUGCAGUCCGUUUUAGCUGGAAGUGAAAUUGGAGAUGAUGCUGACUUUCAUAUUCACCUCUAUUGCCACUAUGUUCUGCCCAACAUAGACUUUUUUUAAAAUCUGACUUCCAGUUCCCAGAGUGUCAGCUAUGGAGAAGCUAGGGUACAGAUUGGGUUCAGUCAGCCUAUUGGAAGAGUGCCUAUUUCUUCUGAAGUCUGGCAAAGCAAAUGGAACUGCUGGAUGUGGUUGUUCUCCAUCUUUGACAGAUCAAAGCGGGAGGCAGACUCUAAAGGAGAUUGGAAGCAUAGCUGUAGAAAGGCUGGAAAAUUAAUUCUGAAGCAGGGUUUUAAAGUGGUUUAGGUAAUUUGUUGCAAGAUUAUCUUCAAGAAGUUGGGAAUCCAAACACGUACUUUGUACAUGUUUCUGCAUUUCAGGCUUGUGAACCUUUUACCCAAGGCCCUGUUUUUUCUGCUUAAAUAUUCUACCAACAAGUUAAUGUGAAACUGAGCCUGCCUCAUGCAGGUUGUGCUGGGUUCUCAGUUAAAUGUUUGAACUGUGGUAGUGAUGCAUUAGCCAUCUGAUGGCUGAAUGUGAACUUCUGGCAUGUAAGACGUGUGAUGAACAUCCAUCCAGUGGACUGUACAAGAAAGGCCUUGGCUGUUGUAAGCUAACAUAUAUUUAGAUUAGGGCAACUGUGGACUUCAGAGGCCUGUACUGUAGGUUAACUUCACAUCUAUGCAUCUGGCCAGGGUAAGUUCUGAAGCACGUCAUGCAUGCCUGCCGUGCUUAAGGAUUUAGUUAACCUAAAACCUCUUGAAGACUUUGUGGAUAUUAAAACACAAAGAAAACAAACAAACAAACCCCACAAGAAAAGGGGAAAAAAAAAAAAAAAGAAA